AUGACUUCUACUGAUGGGAUACUCGCGGGUAAAUACCCUGCAAAAGCGCAUGCUCGUAGAGUCGUCGAGUAUCUGCGACAGAAUGGUUUCCAGGGUGAUGGCGUACUCUAUCUGGAAGCUCAGAAGACAAGAAUGAUUGAAGACAAUGACUCCGAGCAGCCCUUCCGACAGCGUCGCUUCUUCUUUUAUCUCUCCGGAUGCUUGCUACCAGAUGCACAUCUCACCUACCACAUCAGCACCGAUAAGCUGACCCUCUUCAUCCCACCCCUAGAUCCAGAGUCCGUCAUAUGGUCUGGUCUUCCUCUGUCACCAGCUCAAGCCAAGGAGCUCUACGACGUCGACGAGGUCCUCUACACGACGGACGUCAACCCUACUUUAGCCCAUUUGGCAUCAAAAGUCGGGUUCGUAUUUGCCAUCGAUGGGCAAAUAUCCGAUGAUGUCUCCUUGAAGAGCUUCCCUGACACCGAUAAGGUAGCCCUAAAGACGGCGAUUGAAGAAUGCCGAGCUGUGAAGGAUGCAUACGAAGUUGCCAUGAUUCGCAAAGCGAACGACGUGACUUCGCAAGCUCAUGUCGCCGUUCUCAAAGCAGCCAAGUCGGCUACGAAUGAGCGAGAGCUCGAAGCGGCUUUUAUCGGAACUUGUAUUGCACAAGGUUGUCGUGAGAUGGCUUAUCAUCCUAUCGUUGCCAGUGGAACGAGUAGUGCUACCUUGCACUACGUCAACAAUGAUGAGCCUUUGAUCGACUCAUCCACAAACAAGAAGAAGUUGAAUCUUCUAUUAGAUGCUGCGGGUGAAUACAAAGCUUAUUGCGCGGAUGUCACACGCACAUUCCCGUUAUCCGGAAAAUUCUCUCCUGAAUCUCGAGAGAUUUACGAUAUCGUCCUAGAAAUGCAGACCGAAUCCCUCGCUAUGCUCAAGGAGGGCGUUCUGUGGGAAGAUGUGCACAUCACCGCUCAUCGCGUUGCGAUCAAGGGAUUACUGAAACUCGGAAUACUGCGUGGCUCAGAGGAAGAGCUGCUCGAGAAGCGGGUCAGUGUCGCAUUCUUCCCGCAUGGCUUGGGCCACUAUCUGGGAAUGGACACCCAUGACACUGGUGGCCAUGCCAACUAUGCGGACAAGGACAAGAUGUUCCAGUAUCUACGCGUGAGAGGUAAACUUCCUGCGGGAAGUGUGAUUACCGUCGAACCUGGUGUCUACUUUUGCCGAUUCAUCAUUGAACCUUACUUGAAGGACUCCGAGCUGUCCAAGUACAUUGACGCCGAUGUUUUGGAGAAAUACUGGGAAGUUGGAGGCGUUCGUAUUGAAGACAAUAUCCACAUCACCAAAGAAGGACAUGAGAAUCUUACCACUGCCCCCAAGACCGCUGAUCAGGUUGAGUUGAUGAUCAACGGGUCAUAA